AUUACAGUCUUUAUCACCACCUCCCAGAGACAUCUCCCCCUCGUCUUCUUCUCUCUCUUCAGAUUAACAAACACUAACAUAUACAUACAAAAAAAAAUUCAACUUUUUAUACAUCUAUACAGUAUCUAUCUCUGUGUAUAUUCAUAUAUAGGAUCGGUGGAAUGGCGGGAAAUGAUUGGAUAAAUAGUUACCUGGAGGCUAUACUGGAUGUUGGACCUGGGAUCGAUGAUGCUAAAUCGUCACUGUUACUCCGGGAACGGGGCAGGUUCAGCCCGACUAGGUACUUCGUGGAGGAAGUUGUCAGUGGAUUUGACGAGACAGAUCUCCACCGCUCCUGGGUGAAAGCACAAGCAACUCGGAGUCCAAAAGAGAGAAACACACGGCUGGAGAACAUGUGCUGGCGGAUUUGGAAUUUGGCUCGCCAGAAAAAGCAGCUUGAGGGAGAGGAAGCACAGAGGAUCACCAAACGCCGUCUUGAACGUGAAAGAGGUCGCAGAGAUGCUGUUGCGGAUAUGUCAGAAGACUUAUCUGAGGGAGAGAAAGGAGAUACAGUUACUGAUAUAUCUGCUCAUGGUGAAAGCAAUCGAGGUCGCUUGCCCAGAAUUAGUUCGGCUGAUACUAUCGAGGCCUGGGCUAGUCAACAAAAGGGGAAGAAGAUGUACAUUGUAUUGAUCAGGUAUGAAGUAAAACUCUAUGUUUACUGUAUUGAAAAGGAGUUGGAAAUAUCAGCACCAGAUGUAGACUGUAGCUAUGGUGAACCCACAGAGAUGCUGCCUCCUAGAAAUUCAGAAGGUCUAAUGGAUGAGAUGGGGGAGAGUAGCGGUGCUUAUAUCAUUCGAAUUCCUUUUGGACCAAAAGAUAAAUAUAUUCCAAAAGAACUCCUUUGGCCUUAUAUCCCUGAAUUCGUUGAUGGUGCUCUUGGCCAUAUAAUACAGAUGUCCAAGGUUCUCGGCGACCAAAUUGGUAAUGGACAUCCAGUCUGGCCCAUUGCUAUCCACGGGCAUUAUGCAGAUGCAGGUGACUCCGGUGCUCUCUUAUCCGGUGCUCUGAAUGUGCCUAUGCUUUUCACUGGUCAUUCUCUGGGUCGAGAUAAGAUGGAACAACUUUUAAGACAAGGCAGGCUGUCAAGGGAUGAGAUAAAUUCAACGUACAAAAUAAUGCGUAGAAUAGAGGCAGAAGAGUUAGCCCUUGAUGCCUCAGAGAUAGUCAUAACUAGCACAAGGCAGGAGAUAGAGGAGCAGUGGCGUUUGUACGAUGGUUUUGAUCCUAUACUAGAGCGUAAACUGCGUGCUAGAAUCAGGCGCAAUGUUAGCUGCUAUGGAAGGUCCAUGCCUCGCAUGGUUGUAAUUCCACCCGGGAUGGAAUUUAAUCACAUUAUUCCCCACGAAGGUGACAUUGAUGCUGAAACAGAAGUGAAUGAAGAUGGAAAGUCACCAGAUCCUCCUAUUUGGUCAGAGAUAAUGCGGUUCUUUUCAAAUCCAAGGAAGCCUAUGAUACUUGCACUAGCCAGGCCAGAUCCAAAGAAAAACCUAACAACCUUGGUCAAAGCAUUUGGUGAAUGUCGACCAUUAAGAGAGCUUUCAAACCUUACCUUAAUAAUGGGCAACCGAGACAAUAUUGAUGAGAUGUCAAGUACAAAUUCUUCCCUUCUUCUGUCAAUCCUUAAGCUGAUUGAUAAGUAUGAUCUCUAUGGUCAAGUGGCAUAUCCCAAACAUCAUAGGCAGUCUGAUGUUCCUGAAAUCUACCGCCUAGCAGCAAAGACAAAGGGUGUUUUCAUCAAUCCAGCUUUCAUCGAGCCUUUUGGACUUACUCUAAUUGAGGCUGCAGCACAUGGUUUACCAAUUGUUGCCACAAAAAAUGGUGGUCCUGUUGACAUACACAGGGUUCUAGAUAAUGGUCUCCUUGUGGAUCCCCACGAUCAGCAGUCCAUUGCUGAUGCUCUUUUGAAGCUGGUUGCUGACAAGCAUCUCUGGGCAAAGUGCAGAGCUAAUGGACUGAAAAAUAUUCACCUUUUCUCUUGGCCAGAACACUGUAAAACAUACCUAUCUAAAAUAGCAGGUUGCAAACCAAGGCAACCACGUUGGUUAAGAAACGAUGAUGAUGAUGAAAACUCCGAAUCUGAUUCACCAAGUGAUUCCUUGAGAGAUAUACAGGACAUCUCCUUGAACUUGAAGUUUUCACUUGAUGGAGAUAAAAAUGAGAGCCAAGAAAAUGUAGAUGAGUCUUUAGACCCUGAAGAUCGUAAAAGUAAGCUAGAAAGUGCUGUUUUGACGUGGUCUAGGGGUGUUCUGAAGAGUGCACAGAAAUCUGGGUCCACUGAUAAGGGAGACCAGAAUUCUGCUGCUGGUAAGUUCCCAGCAUUGAGGAGGAGGAAACAUAUUUUUGUGAUUGCUGUGGAUUCUGACACAAGUACAGACCUUUCUGAAAGUGUUCGUAAGAUUUUUGAGGCCGUGGAGAAGGAAAGGGCUGAAGGCUCAAUUGGAUUUAUCUUAGCUACAUCCUUCAACAUUACAGAAUUACGUUCUUUUCUGCGUUCAGAGGGUUUGAAUCCUACCGAUUUUGAUGCAUUUAUUUGCAACAGUGGUGGCGAUCUUUAUUAUUCAUCUCUUCACUCAGAAGAUAACCUUUUAGUGGUGGACCUGUAUUAUCAUUCACAAAUUGAGUACCGUUGGGGUGGUGAAGGUUUGAGGAAGACUUUGGUGAGAUGGGCAUCUUCUAUAACAGAUAAGAAGGGAGAAAAAGAAGAUCACCUUGUCGUUGAAGAUGAAGAGACUUCAGCUGACUACUGCUAUUCUUUCAAAGUUCGGAAGCCUGGAGUGGUUCCCCCUGUUAAGGAAGUAAGAAAGAUAAUGAGAAUUCAGGCAUUGCGUUGUCAUGUUAUUUAUUGCCAAAACGGAAGUAAGAUUAAUGUAAUUCCAGUACUGGCAUCUCGUUCCCAAGCACUCAGGUAUUUAUAUCUUCGUUGGGGAAUGGACUUAUCAAAGGUAGUGGUUUUUGUUGGUGAAAGUGGCGAUACUGACUAUGAAGGAUUGCUUGGUGGUAUUCACAAGUCUGUAGUACUGGAAGGAGUUUGCAGCAGUGCAAACAACCAAGUCCAUGCUAACAGAAGCUACCCCCUUACAGAUGUCAUAUCGCUCGACAGUCCCAAUGUUGUUCGGACGACUGAAGAAUGCAGCAGUGCUGAUCUACGGUCCUCCUUGGACGAGCUUGGGGUCCUAAAGGGCUUAUAAUAGCUACUUAACUGCUCCAUGUAAGUUCUGCCUAAAAUAAAAUCUCGAAUUAUUAUGGAUCUGAUCCUAGUGUUACCUUGUGAGAGCUCUAUAUAAUUUCAAGAUUGAUUUGAAAUCUUCGUGAAUGACAUUAUUCUUUUAUUGCUUUCUUUGGAGGAAAAGAUGCGCAUAAUUAAUGCUAUACACAGCUAAAACAUUUUUACUUUUUUCCAA